GGUCAUAAAGCGGGAGGCGGUUGUAUGGAUAACUUUCAAGCAUGAUUUCCUCAUAAUUAAUUGAUAUAAAAGACGAACAUCAAACUCAAAGACGAAUGAAUAUGAGGCCCGAAGAACAAGAUUGCCCUCGUUGCUUCCCCUCGCGGCUGCCAAGGCGUCGUGCCGGGUUUCUGACGUGUUUGCUAAUUCAUUGGCUUACCUUGAACAACGACGACAAGCACAGGUGCUUUGUUCUGGGACUCCGGAGUGAUUUCGAUACCCGUCGGGCUCAGUUAGAAAGACCAGGUGUGGUGUCCUCUCCAGACGUUGUACCCUUGGACGAAACUUCUUCUACGUGGUCUGACGAAACCGUAGUUGACGUGUUGGAGACCGAGGAUGAUCGUGGGCGUCGACUUAGCGUAAGUCAACAAGAGCACUCUUGCGGUGCGAGUCAUAGUUCCGUUGCAGCUUCGCCCUCGCUAGACGAGCCAAGCAGUGAAGAUGUGGGUGAGAGUAUCACCGCAGUGUCUACUAGUUCUAUGGAAAUCGAGUCGAGUACUGGACAUGAUUUAUUUCAACUGCAAGCUCCGGAGAUACAACAUGUACAACUACGAGAAUCUAGUCCGGAGCCUCGUCAAGAAACGGGGGAUGACAAUCGCCUAGGACGAACGGAACAGCAUGAUCGACUGCCAGGGCCGUCGGCUUUUAGCUCACCAAAACAGAGGCCUCGUAGACCGGAGAAUAUGUUUACGCUUGUUCCUCUUGCCGCACGACGAGAGCGAGACUUCUUUUCCUCCUUGACGCCGUCGUGUGGGACUACACAAAAAAUAGAUGAAAAUACAGGAAAGGAACAAAUCGACGCGAAAACCCUGAUUCAUUUUCUGGUGAACUGUGGCAGUGUUGAUCUACGACUGGAGAAUGCAUUAACCGGAGAAGUCUAUACAUCAGGAAAGAGAGCAACAAAGGUAGGUGUGGCGGCAUCAGACGCGUUAAGAACCGAUCAACGAGCACGUCUAGAACAUGUUCAGGUCCGGUGCUCGCAUUGUGACUCGCCAAUGGCCCCAAGUAGAAAAUUGGUGAUACCGUUUCACCAUUGGCGCGAGAACGGCGUAAGAGAAACCAUUGCAGAUUACGUGAAUUGUUCUUGCCUGUCAAAGCGCAAGCCACGAGCAGUACGAAGUCACGUCGCCGGUAGAAAUGCACCUAUUCUUGACCACAUACCUCGACCCAUUGCGAACGGGCAAGGGCUGCAGCAUGGUCUUGGUGAUGACGACAAUCAUCGGACUGAGCCGAAACCUCGGCUCAGACUUGUGAUUCCCGGCGAACAGACUGUUUGGACAUGGGAAGAUGCUUUCGAUUUGAUUCAUCGAUUGAAAAAUAUCGAAGACUUCCCGGAUGACGCUAGUAGCGAUCGCGCCCUGCCCCUGUGGCUCGAAGUCGACUUAAAACACAGUGUGCUUCCACUACUCACUGACAAGCUGAAGCAAGAGCUUUUGGUGCGCGAGGGCCUCCAGGGAGAGGACUUCGGGAGCGUGAAAGAUCUGGACAGCGUUUCCGCGAGACAAAGCGACACCGACGACAACUCUUCUGUAUUUUCUCGCAACCCGAAAACCAAUCUUUCCGAUGGAACUAACACUGAAGAUUUUGGUCGUAGGCAACAAUCAAACAGCAUCACUAUCAAUAAUGCCAAUUAUGUCUUUAAGACCACGACAAGUUCGGCUUCGGAGAUGGACGAGGACGACAACAACUCAUCUGAGAAUUGCGCCACAUCGACUUGUUCUAGAAGCAGAAGCAGAACUAGUGCAGAAGUAGAGGGUACUAAAACUAAUGCUGAGACGAGGACACGAGAACAAGGUGCUGGGUUCGUCGAGGAUCGCAGUCCACCUGUUCAUCCUCCAGUUGCGACGUUUGUUAGAAAUAAGAUUCGCACAUCGGCAGACUUCAAACGUGUUCUGGCUGCGUUGCGGCUUGCGUUUCCCACCUAUUUGCGUCAGCAAGACUUUCAAGCUAUCACUGCUGAGUAUCUCAAUGUCAGGAUUGUUCUAACUCUUCUCGUUGUGAAAUAGGUCAACGUCAACGAGUUACUUACAAUGAAUAGCAGUAUGCUAUAUUUAUGAUUAUAAUGAUCUUGAUCAUGUCUUCGUCCUCAGCUUCACUUUUGGACUAUCACUGAUAUCCAAUUCGCUUUUUGUUCAUAAGUGUUUUACACAAAAAUUAUUCUCCCGAAACGCCGAAUCAGCUUUCUAGCUGGCAUGUAGAAGGCUGACGGAUGAGCUUACUGAUCUCACAUGCUACAGGUUGACAUAACACCAACGCCACUCUCGCGUUGCGAUUUUUUACAUUUAUUUGUCAAGCUGGAUAUGUUGCUUAUGGAUUCGAUUUUCAGUACUACCGUGUUGUCCGUCGUGAGGAUUCUCCAUGUGAGUUAUGCAGCGAAGUACUUCUAGCUACCUUGCUUAUAGAAAAACUCAAUUGAAUGCUCACGAAUACGAUUGAUGCCGAGCUCGGCCUUUCCGUCUAUGCCUUAGUCAGGCCUUUCCACGACAGACAACGACAUCCACGUAGAAUUAUGCUGGUGAACUGUCAACCUAUUAUCGCUGAUUUGUUUUUUUUUUCGUUAAAUCUUCUUGUCCUGUACAGCUGUAGACCCACAAAUGAUGAUCGAGAACUCUGGCAUAUCUCCUAUCGCUUCGAUAGGUCCAACAAGCAUAUGUAUCGCUGGUGUGUGCUGAAUCAGUGUCUUGAUUUUUUUAUAAGUUACAAAAUUUUAGGAGCACGUAUCUGGAUCUCCUCAGACAGAGUUCUGGAUAAAACGAAC